AUGUUAAGGUCCCGGAAGAAUACAGGAAAUCAAAGAUCCCUCCCCUCUUCCUUCGAAAGCUUAUCAAAGCCAAAUGUGGAGAUGGUCGCGGCAAAUGAAAUUAUGGCGGAUCGUGAUGAGCCAUUAUAUGCUGGACUUCGCAUACCUUGGGCACCACCAAUAUUGGGACGCUUGGCGGAACCCCUAGUACUUUUUGACGGUGUUCGAUCGAAAAGUUUGACGGUGGAGCGGCGCCUUCGAGUAGCAGCAUUUACUAGUACACAUUACAUAAAUCAUGGCGAGGAAGAUGUCGUACUUUUAGAGCCAUUGGGAAUGGCCAGAGAAAGAGAUGCUGAAAUAUUACGUGCCAUUAUUGCUUUUAAAGGGAAAUAUGGCAAAAACCCUAAGCUAUUCAAAAGUUUGGUAGAGUUAUGGUGCUCGGAGACGAAUACCUUUCAUCUUCCUUAUGGCGAAGUUGGGAUAUCAUUAUGGGACAUUAAGGAGUUGGGUGGCUUGUCAAUUAUUGGAGAGAUGUAUGAUGCAUUCGUCCCCAGCAAUUCAGAGCUCAAGAAUUAUCCGUGUAAUCUUCGUCAACUACUCAGUGUGUAUGAGUGGCUUGUUAAUCGAAGACCAGCAUUCUUAGCACUUUGGCUGUGCAAAUUCGUGAUGCCUUCCGGUAAAAAGGAUGUCAUUCGACCAGAGACAUUUAUCAUGGCAUCCCAGAUGGCUCAUGGGACAAGAUUUGCGUUAGCUACUGCAGUACUUUGCGCAAUUCAAGCUGCUUUAGGUCGUAUGGUAUCCGAUCGACGUGGACCAGCAUAUCCUUACUGCCGAUUCCCAAUUAACUUUCUCUUCGCAUGGGUUGGUGCUCGCUUCGAAAAGGUUUAUACUCGUAGACCAAUUAGAGAAGAUAUCAAAAGUAUGCCUUGUUUGAAGAAGGUUCCGGAUAUGCUAAGCUUUAUGUACGCAAUAUCUACCCCUUUUGAUUCAAAAAGGGCUCGUCAGCAUUUGAGAGAUGAGAGGAAUUUUAUAUGGCGGCCUUACUCUUUCAACUGUUCAGGUAGAGGUUGGGUUCAUGAAGUUAUUGACAUGAGAGGAAGGUCUGAUUUUCCUGAAGAAGUUCAAGAAUGGAUUAUAUCUCUCAGGCACAGUGUCUUACCCCUUCGCUUAGGUGGCAGUCUGUAUGCGCAGCCUUAUAACCCCCACCGUUUUGCCAGGCAAUUUGGGUUGGACCAACAUUUUCCAAAAUCUUCUGAUGUGCCGCAGGAAGCAGCCUCAACUGGUGUUCUAGCUGGCUAUUGGUUGGAUUUGACUCAGGUCAGCCUUUCUUUAAAGUUUUUUAUUCCCGAUAGUAGUCGUCAUGGGAAGCCUUCAUUUCAUUAUGCAAGGUGGUGGACAAAUAGUUUAUAUUCUUAUUUUCAACAUGGCGUGAAUUUUCUUGUUGAACGUGAGUCUUGUCC